GUUCUGUGACCAUCCCUUACACGGGAUAAUUAGUUACUAAUUGCCUCUUAUAUGAAAGCGAUUGGUAGCGAUUGACAUGUACGUCAACAGUCCGUCUGCACAAAUACUCGUGGCCUACAAUACGAAGAAGAGCGUUUACAGGCUUGGCAAAGUAUUAAUCUACUGAGCCAAAAACAGGUUUACACAUUGAAAACAUCGCAGCGCACGUCGCCUGGUAGCGACUUACGAAGCUCUGGUGAUCGCUGGUCCUAAAACUGGGAUCUUGAUUGUGUGCUAAAGACCUUGUGCCCGUCUCAUGCGUGAAAUCUGGCCUUAUAACAGCAGAGAAGCCCAACAUAAUUUCUUUUUCACAGUACCCAACACAAAACAUGCUGACCACUGGUUCCCAAACCCCCGCGCUCAAAGUCACUCUCGAGGCUGGACAAGGCAGAAAAGGCUCCAAGGAUGACGUCACAGACAGAGAUCGCUCCCCCGUUGAGGACGCCUUCUACGAGUCUUUCCUCCUCCAGUCUCGUUCUGAUGUCGAGAGUCUCUACGCGUCUAACAUCUACUGGAGUCAGAAACACGCCAAGGAAGUCAAGGACUUGGACAGACAAAAAAUGGUAUCCUUAACAUCCAUGACCAAAGGUCAAAAAGACAUGCUGAAGAAGAUGAACCUCUUGCAGCAAAAACAAGAGCAGAUUCAGGAAGAAAAGCGGCGCAAGUUGGUAGCUGGGAAGGCAAAUGGCCGACGAACACGGCCGCUGUCGACCUCGGCAAUGCCGAACGAUCAUCGACGAGCUGAAGAGAAUCGAUUGCGCUCUGGGUCUAUGCCCUUUUUAGAUCCGCUAGAUCUUUCGAUGGCAUCACGAAAUUUGUCCAAGUCGACUGAGAAUCUGAGUGCGUCUCCAGGACGACUGCGAGUCGGCUCAGCAAAUAAACUCUUGUCACGAUCUUGUGAGAAUAUUUCUUUGCUGAAUCGCGAACAGAAAAGCCCUAAUAAAAUAAUUCUCCCGUCGCUUGACAGCUCUCCUGUCUGUGAUUCGAUCAACAUCAGUGAGCCGAGUGCUGACCGAAUACUGUCAAUCGAUGGAUCGACGACAGAUGAGCCAAGUGCUGCCGACUCUGAUGACGAGUCAUCGACAUUUAUUACCCGAGCGCCAGCCGCUCAGCCGCCGAGAAGGCCACGAAAGUCACCGAAUCUGCUUAAGCCGCUCGGAUUUGACCCGGGUCGACGUCGGGGGUCUCUGCCAAACCCAGCGGAACUUGAGCGCCAGCUGGACAUAGAAAAACGGCGGGGUUCGGUAGAAAUAGAACAGCUAGGGGCAGAUGGGACACGUGCCAAAUGGGUACCAAGGGGAGGGCGAUCACUACCUCCCAUCUAAACUGUGCUAAAUUGCGUGAGUAAUGAGGCAUUCUAAUAGUACAACCCAAAUAUCAAGGUAGUCUACGAUUUUGCGGGGUUCGGAUCAAGGAUCAAGUUUCAUUUUGAAUACACAUUUUUUAUAGGAACGUCGAAUUUUCAGGCUGGAUCGUUUUUUUUUUUUUGUAGCAUUUUAAGGAUGAAAAUGUUCUUAACAACACUCACAAAUUUCGCUGUAUAUAACAAUAUAACACCCAAUGAAUUAUUAGGGAGAGAAAUGAUCCAAAGCAUUCAAGCCUCGGCAUGUUCUUAGGAUGUUCUUAAAAUUUGGUGAAAUCUCAGGCUGGACGUUUUUAUAAAAAAGGUUAUAAAAAGGAGUGUAAUAAGCCUUAUAAACAAUACAAAUGUUUUGACUCAAA